ACUCAAGCCCUUCUUUUAAACAGCCAUCUGUACCCAAUUAGACCUAGAAACACUCCACGCAUCCCUCGUUCGCCUCGUACCCGUUAAAAAUAAAUCGGUUCUCCAUCUUCAUCCCACCUCCCUUCCUCGCUAAGAAAAGCACAUACAAAAACCAAACUUCCCCCAACCUCAAAUCUCUCUCCACGGUCAGAUCUAAUCAAUCGAUUUCCUCCAAGCCCCAAAAGAAAAAUGGCUCUAGAAUGGGUAGUGCUAGGGUACGCCGCGGGCGCAGAAGCCAUCAUGGUGCUCCUCCUCACCCUUCCGGGACUCGACGGACUCCGCAAGGGCUUGAUCGCGGUGACUCGUAACCUCCUGAAACCGUUCUUGUCGGUGGUGCCAUUCUGCCUCUUCCUUCUGAUGGAUAUAUACUGGAAAUACGAGACGCGCCCUCAUUGCGAAGGCGAUUCCUGUACUCCCUCGGAGCACCUUCGUCACGAGAAAUCCAUCAUGAAGAGCCAACGCAACGCUCUUCUCAUCGCCGCCGCUCUUAUUUUCUACUGGCUUCUUUACUCUGUUACUAACCUUGUUGUUAAGAUCGAGCAGUUGAAUCAGCGCGUUGAGAGGCUUAAGAAUCGCGAUUGAGAUAAGUGGUUAAUUUGAGAAUGGUUGUAUUUGGGGCACUUUUUUUUUAAUCUUUUGUUUAAAUUUCCUCUCUUACGUGUUAUGGAUAAUUUGAAGGAUUUAUGUGAUGAGAAUUAUAUGUUGCUAUUUGUGAUCUUAGUCCUGCAACUUAUGAUUUGAUGGAAAGUUAAGGUUUUUUUGCAAA